GCAAAUAAGCUCAUUAACUUACUGGCUUUGAAUACCGAGGCUUGCGAUCGAGAUAUUCAGCAGACCGUCUUUGGGAACGUCCUGAUCCAUUUCCCCUCACAACUUCCAACUCCAAAAAGACCACAACCCUCCAACCAUUCCCCUUCGGCCAUUAACAAAACCCUUUUGACCGGCGUUUCCACUUCCUAUGUACCACCAUUCUCGUUGGAAAACAUGCCGACUAAUUAAUUAAGAGGCUGGGAUACAGUGCUCCGGUCCUCUAUAUAUAGCUCGAAACGAAGUCUUUCAAGUACCAAGCAUCUCUUCAUCAAGGAGUCAAUCUAAGGUUGAUAUCACUUCGAAAGAUGGGAGGCAAAGGUGGUGGCGGCGGCGGCUGCAAAGGUGGUAGCGGUGGUGGUGGUGGGAAAGGCAGCGGAGGUGGAGGCAACUCAAGCAAAGGAAGUGGUGGUGGUGGGAAAGGCAGCGGAGGUGGAGGCAACUCAAGCAAAGGAAGUGGUGGAGGUGGUUACUCAGCCAAGUCUGGCAGUGGAGGCAGCUACGGAGGUGGAGGCGGAGGAAUGAUGAAGGCCCCUGGUGCUGACGGCUACAUUUUCAGGGAAGCAUUUAAGAGCGACCCUCAGGGAUACUUCCAAGAUCUUCGCCAUGGAGACAAGCAGGCUGGCAAUUGAGUGGCCUGCUUCUCUCUACUCUAGUUACAAACUAAUAUAACUAUUAGUUAUAAUCCUAUAUGCAUUUGGUCUUGAUGUUGUUGGUUUGGGUCCUUAUGGUCUUGGGAUGUUCUUGUGCUUUUUCUUAAUUUCAACUACCCUUCAACAUCUG